AUGUCGCAGGCGAACAACCGGGGUGGCGGCAACAAGCGGUCGCGGAUAUCAUCUUCAGGCGCCUAUCGUCAACGUGAGAACCACUCGUCAUCGUCGUCAACAAAUGUCGCUCAAACACAAUCAGGUUUAAUUAUUGAUAAUGAAACUGAAUUAUCAUCUGAAAUAAUCAAAGAACAAUUGAACAGUGUUGAAGAUAUAAUAACACAACCAAUUAUUGAAGUACCAACAAAACGUUUAUUACAUUUAAAAGAACUUGGUGGUAAUCUAUUUGUAUCAUCAUCAACAAAAAUAUAUUCUAAAACAUUACAAAAAUUAUUUGAUCGUGUAUUAUUUACAAAAUCAUUAAAUAAUGAUGUUAAUACAGCACCAUCAGAUAUACGUGUAUUUGAACGUGUACUUGCACGUUCAGAUGAUAAUGAUGCAUAUUCAACAUGUACAUCAUUAGUACAACCAAUGUCAGCAACAAUACUUGUACUUGGUUCAACAUCAUGUGAACAUGCACUUGUAUGGAAAUUAUUACAACGACGAAAUUUUAAAAUUUUAAUAUCACCUGGUAAUAGUGGUAUAACAAUUGAUCAAUCAAAUAUAACAAUAUCAAAUAUAUUUCAAACAGAAAAAGAUAUAUUAGAUUAUGUUGAUACAAAACAAAUUGAUCUUGUUAUAUCAUUAAAUAAAACAUAUUAUUUUGAAGAACUUGAAGCACGUUUAUGUGAACGUGGUUUACAUUAUUUAGGAUGUUCUGUUGAUACAUUAGCAUUAAGUGAUAAUCAAUUAAAUGCAAAACAAUUUAUGACUAAACAUAAAAUUCCAACAUUAGAUUGGACACAUUGUUUAAAUGAAGAAGAUGCAGAAAAUUUUUUAAAUAAAUAUCCUAAUCAAGAACAAUGGGUUAUUCGUGCAACGAAUGGUAAUGGUUUAAUUAAUUGUAAAACUCGAGAAGAAACAAUACAAACUAUUAAAGCUGUUUUUGAGGAUCAUAUAUUUGGUAAAUUAAAUCAAUCAAUUAUUGUCGAACAUGGUUAUUCAAUUGAAAAUAAUCAAAUAUGUAUUCUAUAUAUAGUCAGUGAUGGUGAUGGUGAUUAUACACAAUUACCUAUAAUACAAACAGAUCCAUUACGUAUGGGUGCAUAUGGUCCAUGUCCAUAUUUAACAUCAAAACAAUUAUCUUAUAUACGUCGUCGUAUUGUUGAACGUACACUUCGAUGUUCACCAACAAUACGACAUUUAUUUGGUUUUCGUUUACUUAUACAAGGAAUAAAUUAUAAUGAAAUUUAUUUACUUGAUUAUUUAUCAACAUUUGAAGAACCCGAAGCUGAAAUACUUUUAUCAUUAUGUGAACCAGAUAUAUUUCUUCAAUAUGCACUUGAUUUAUCAUCAGUACCAAUUUUACCAUUAACAAGUAAAAAACGUCGUGUUCAUUGUGUUAAUACAACAAUAACAUCAACAAAAAAAUCAUUAAAUAUACCAAAUAAAAUUUUAUUAACAGCAACUAAAAAUAAUAAAGUUAAAAUAUUUCAUAAUCAAACAGAUGUUAAUGUUAAUAAUAAUGGUACAAGUGAAACAAAUACUAUAACAACAAAUGGUGAAAGAAUUUUUAAUGUACUUGGUUAUGGUUCAACAUUACAAGAAGCACAAGUACAAUCUGUACUUGCAUGUGAAUAUAUUAAACAACAUGCUAAUAUUGAUGAUCUAUUAUUUAAAUCUGAUGUUGGAACUGAAGCUAUUGAAUGGUAUAAAACUCAUGCUGAUCAUCAUCAUCAUUCACUCUCCGGUGGUUUAACUAAUGGUAAAAAGAAGAAAAUGAAAAAGAAAAAAUCUAUUAUCACAAUUGGCAAUCAACGUCGUGGUUUAGCAACUCGUCGUCGAAAUACAAAAAGUUCCGAACAAGAAAAAGACAACGAAAAUGAACAGAUUGAAACAACAGAUGAUGACGAAGAUGAUGAUGAUGAUGAUGAAAAUGAGCCAAUGGAUUUUGAACGUGCAUUUGGUUCAAUAUCUGAUGUACCAAAAUUAGAACAUAUGGAUAUUCAUCAAAAUAAUGGAAAUUUUGAUGAUCUUAAUAUGCAUGAAGGUGAAUUCUAUUUUGACCUCACUACGAAAGUUGAUCUGAAAAGUUAUCAACAACCUGUUCUUGUAUCAUCAACAAUUAAUUUAAAUCCAUUAGCGGCCUUAUUUAAUUUGAAUGAUGGUGAUAUGAAUGAUAGUCAAACUGUAUUUGAAUAUCUUGGUCAUGAAUUAACUGUUCGUUGUGCUAAUGAUCUUAUAUGUGCUCGUACACUAUAUGUUCAAUGUUGUUCAUUACCAUUAUCAUCUCGACGUUCAAUUCAACGUUUUUAUCAAGGUAUUGAACAAGCAUGUCAACAACUUGAUUGUACACUACUUAAAACAACAACAAUAACAACAUCACCAUCAUUAUUUAGUUCAUUAUGUACAGGUUUAUGUGAACGAGAAUUAAUUAUAUAUAAUAAUACAAAUCAUCCAAUAAUAAAUGAAGGUGAUUUAUUAAUUGCACUACGAUGUAGUUCAAGUACCGUUAAUACACAAGGUUAUAUACAAAUAAAAGAUUUAUUUCAAAAGAAAAAUAUUCAUUUAAAUGAUACAGUACCAUUUCGAACUGUUGAUGGUGAAGAAGAAUCAUUUUUUUCAUUAUUACUUCAAAAAUCAUCCAUAUUAGCUCCAUCAUUAUCGAAAACUAUUGCUGAACUUAUUAAAAAUCGUACAAUUAAAUCUGUAAGAUAUCUUAAAGACAUUGGUCUAGCACGUAUGAUUGAAUCAUUACUUGGUUCAUUAUCAUCAACGUUAAAUGUUGAAUUAAAUGGACAACAAUGGCCUGUAAUACCACCUCUUUUUACUUGGAUUUAUCAACAUAGUGGUUUUAGUCAGGAUGAAAUGUUCGAAUAUUUCAAUUGUGGUGUUGAUUAUUUACUUCUUGUUGAUCAUACAAAAACAAAUAUUGAUGAUAUUCUACGUCAGUUAACUGAAACACAUACAUCAAGUUAUUAUCUUGGAACAUUCAUAUCAAUAAAUACAAGUCCAAUACGUAAACCAAUUCGUUUACCACAACAGCCUAUUGUAAUUCCACCACGACCACGUACUAUUCAAUUAAAAAAUAUUUCUUUUAAAUAUCCAAAACCAUAUCAAACAGCUACUGCUCUUACAAAUAAUACAUUACCAAUUGUUAUCAAAGAUCGUAUGAAACAACCAAUAGCUAAUGAUAAAACACGUUGUGCUGUACUUAUUUCAACAAAUGAUACUUCAUUACUUUCACUUCUUGCAUAUAGUACAUCAACACUUGAAUGUGCAUUUGAAAUUGUUCUUGUUCUUUCAACAUUAGCUAGUCUAUCAGAUAUAGCUCGUGUUAAUGAAUUAUAUCCAUCAGUUGUUACAAAAGUUAUUCAACCAAAAAAAUAUGCUGCACGACAUUAUGAUCUAGAUCAAAAAGUUGAUGAUGAAUUACAAUUACAUGGAUGUGAAUUAGUUAUACUUGAUCGGUAUGCAUGUCGGUUAUCACCUUCAUUUAUAAUGGCAUGGCGUGGUCGUUUAUUAAAUAUAUAUCCAUCAUUAUUACCAUCAUUUCGUCAUAGUACAUCACCAAUUCGUGAUGCAUUACAAGCUGGUGUUCGUAUAACUGGUGUUACGGUUCAUUUUAUUGGUGAAUCCGAUACUGAUAAUGAUGGACCAAUUAUUGCACAAGAAAGUAUUUCGGUAACACCAAUUGAGACUGAAAUUCAAUUAGAAAAUCGUAUACGUACACUUGAACAACAAUUAUAUCCAAAAGCAAUUGAUAUGGUUGCAUCAGGAAAGAUUGUUUAUCAAGGAAAACGGCGAAUGGGUAAAACAAAUUCAAUUACGAUAAUACCUUCAUCAUAUUAA